GGUGGUUUUCAUCUUCCUGGGAACAGGUGUGCUGAGGUGGAAACCUCGGUUAUAAAUGCACAUAAUUUAAUUGUAAACACCUGUUGACAGAGCUGCGCCUUGGCGGAACCAGUAAGAAGUUAGGUGUUUUCUUCCUCUUUUUGUUUAUUUUUAGCCUGUGUUUUAAUAUUUGUUGUCUGAUUUCUAACUUACGAGCACAACGCUCUUCUGUGUUAAUGAACGUGUCGGUGUUUCCCCACCUGAGUUUGGUGGCCUGCCCCGGCAGGGUCAGUGCUGCUGCCAACAAGCCCACCCGGCUGGCCAGGGCCAUGGACACCAUGAUUAGAAUCUUCCAGUGCUUCUCCUGCCAAGAAGGGGACCGAUUCAAGGUCAACAAGGGGAUGAAGAUGCUUCCGCAGAGAGAGCUCACGGACGCCCUCCCGACAUUUUCUUUUUCCUUUUUGUGCCAAAAGGACCCUCAGUUGAUUGAUAAGCUAAUGCAAGACCUGGACUCCAAUAAGGACAACGAAAUGGAUUUUAAUGAAUUUGUGGUCAGGGUGGGCGCCCUGACAGUUGCUUGUAAUGAUUACUUUGUAGAACAAUCGAAGAAGAAAGGAAAGUAGAGAUAAGUAGCAAGCUAAU